GUUCUGUGGAACAGAACAGUGAAGAGCAAAGGCACGGGAGAGACAGUGGAGAAGAAGCACCUGGUCGAGGCUUGUUCAAUUGAAUUCCUUGCCAUAUUUGAUGUUACGUGUCUCUCUCCAUGGACCACACUUUGAUUUUCACCCUUCAAGUAAAAAACGAACCAAAUCUCUCUCAACAUUUUCACGAGAAAAUUCUCACGACAUUUUCCCUGGAAAGUUCUCUUGAGAGCCUGAAAGAAAAGCAACACUGAACAUACACACAAGCCUUGGUCUUGUGGAGAUGAAGAGCCUUAGCCUCAGCUUUUCGGAGACUUUGUACCACACAAGGUUGACAGACGUUGCACUCGCGGACCAACCCUUGCUGAAAUCCGGUGGGUACGGCUGCAAGACUCUCUCGUGCCGAUAUCCGUCCUCUUUGAGAUUUGCUUGCUGCCGUGCAACUCUGUCUGCGGUGGAGAAGAAGGAAUCGUCAUCUGAUGGAGAAGAAACUGUGGCAUCACUCGUAGAGGAGCUCAGAGAUAAUUUCAAGACCGGCAAAACUAAGAGCUACGAGUGGCGAAUCACUCAGCUCGAGGGCAUUGCUCGUAUGAUAGACGAGAAAUCAAAAUAUAUUGCCCAAGCUUUACGGGAAGACCUUAACAAACCCGAACUCGAAGCCUUUCUUGCCGAGAUUUCGAAUACGAAAUCGUCGUGCAUGUUGGCAAUUAAGGAGCUGAAGAACUGGAUGACCCCGGAACCGGUCACUACUUCAGUAACAACGUCUCCAUCCUCUGCAGAAAUAGUUUCAGAACCUCUUGGAGUUGUUUUGAUUAUAUCGGCUUGGAACUUUCCUUUCUUGUUGGCCAUUGAUCCGGUAAUUGGAGCUAUCGCAGCCGGUAAUGCCGUGGUGCUAAAACCUUCAGAAAUCGCUCCAGCAACGUCAUCUCUCUUAGCCAGGCUUUUCAGGGAAUAUUUGGACGGAACAACGAUAAGGGUUGUCGAGGGUGGUGUCCCCGAAACAACGACACUGCUCGAGCAGAAGUGGGAUAAAAUAUUCUUCACCGGCGGAGCACGAGUGGGUCGGAUCGUGAUGUCUGCAGCUGCAAAGAACCUUACACCAGUGGUUCUUGAACUUGGAGGCAAGUGCCCGGCUGUUGUUGAUUCGGAUGUUAAUCUACAAGUCACUGCAAGGAGGAUUAUAGCGGGAAAAUGGGCGUGCAAUAACGGACAAGCUUGCAUUGGCGUAGAUUACGUUAUCACAACCAAAGACUUUGCGCCAAAGCUGAUUGAAGCUCUGAAAAGCGAGCUGGUGACAUCUUUCGGUGAGAAUCCAUUGGAAUCCAAGGACAUAUCGCGUAUCGUGAGCUCUUUCCACUUCAAACGGUUAGAGUCUAUGUUAAAUGAGAGCGGAGUUGCGGACAAAAUCGUCAUCGGGGGUCAGAAAAAUGAAGAAAAACUACAGAUUUCUCCGACAAUACUUCUAGAUGUCCCCGAGGGCUCUUCCAUGAUGCAGGAAGAGAUAUUCGGGCCGCUACUUCCGAUAAUUACGGUUCAGAAGAUAGAGGACGGUUUUGAGAUCAUAAGAUCGAAGCCGAAGCCAUUAGCCGCAUAUCUCUUCACUAACAACGAGUUGUUGAAGAAGAAGUUCGUGGAAAACAUCUCUGCAGGAGGAAUGGGAAUCAACGACGCUGUCCUACACGUAACGGUGGAUGGAUUGCCGUUUGGAGGGGUGGGAGAGAGCGGGAUGGGAGGGUAUCACGGGAAAUUCUCGUUCGAAACGUUCAGCCACAAAAAGGGAGUGCUUUACAGAAGCUUUUCAUGGGACUCAGAUCUCCGAUAUCCACCUUACACUCCAAAGAAGCAGAAGGUGUUGACGGCUUUGCUCUCUGGAAACCUGUUUGAUGCCAUUCUCGCUCUCUUCUGAUCCGCUUUUAACUAUAUAUAUAUAUAUAUAACUUGAAUUUUCUGUCGUCUUCGACGGUACGAGUGUAGUUUCCUCGACCAGACUGACUUGGUUAUACGUGAGCAUGAGCUCCAUGUCAGAAAAAGCUCGGUCUUGAUGAAAAGGCUUACGAUUUCACCUAUUUUCUUUACUGCCAGUGAUGAUCCUGGAAGUUAUACA